AUAAUUCCAGAAAUAACCUCAAAACUUUCACAUGUUUUCAGUUCUACCCUUCGUUCCACUUCAAUCCACACUCUUCUACUCAUAAGUGAUGAUUCCAUUGCAAUUUACUACACAUUUUUACAAUUAAGAUUGUUUCUAGUAAGCCCAAUUUGAUUUUUCUCUCUGUAAUGAGUCUUCCAUCCUUUAAAUGGCUCGAUUUUCUUGUUAUUUUUUCCUUUUACUCUUCAUUUUCACCAUAAACCCUUGUCUCGCCGUUGUUCAAAUUGAUGAAUUCUCGAUCAUCGACUCGGACCUCCUCUCUUCUCACGGUGACUACUCUCCGCCUUCUCCUCCGCCGCCUUCCUUGCCGCCGCUUCCUCCGUCUCUUUCGUGUGAGGAAGAUUUAAACGGAAUUGGCUCACUGGACACUGUAUGUGAGCUCAAUUCCAGCUUCAGUUUUGACGGCGAUGUGUAUAUAGCAGGAAACGGAAGCUUCCACGUGCUUCCUAAUGUCAUUUUGAGUUGCCCUAUGAAGGGCUGCUCAAUUUCCAUCAAUGUGAGUCGUGGGGAAUUCAGUUUGGGGCAGAACGCCGGCGUAUUUACCGGGACAUUGUUUGUUUCGGCGAGGAAUGCGAGUUUUUCUAAAGGUUCAGUGGUAAAUGUAAGCAGCUUAGCCGGUCAACCCCCGGCUCAGACGAGUGGAACCCCUUCGGGGAUUCAAGGUGCGGGCGGGGGCCAUGGUGGAAGAGGCGCAAGUUGCGUGUCGGAUAAUAUGAAACUGCCGGACGAUGUGUGGGGAGGAGAUGCUUACUCUUGGUCAUCUUUGGAUAAGCCUUGGAGUUACGGGAGUAAAGGAGGGACGACUAGUAAAGAAGAGGAUUAUGGAGGGGAAGGUGGUGGGAGGAUAAGGUUAGAGGUGGAGGAGGCCAUUGAAAUUGGAGGGAGUUUGUUGGCAAAUGGAGGUGAUGGUGGUGUAAAAGGCGGUGGAGGCUCAGGUGGAAGUAUUUAUAUCAAGGCUCAUAGAAUGUAAUUUAAUUUGUUUUCCCCUGCUCAUCAGUUUUGUAGGUUUCACGUGAGUUGAACUUUAACUGCUAUGAUGAUAUAAUUGUUUUGUGUAGUUGAUUGAUUUAUGAUGCUUUAGUUCGUCUUGAUACUGAUUGUCUUCAAUUGCCGUAAAUAACUUUGCCAAAUGGUCCCCUUUUCUUAAGUAUAGACUGAACUUUCUAAGCAUAGUCAACACUGAUACAUUUAUGCAUUUAUUGCAAAUAUGACAUUGUAUUUAUUUUGUCGUCAAGGAUGUUGUGGUUAUAAAUUGGGAGGUCAGGAUGCUUCAUCUGAGAAAAAGAGUGAGGAUGAAAGUAAAAAAAAAAAAAAAAUGAGAGGAAGUCAAAGUAAAUUCAAAGUUUAAAGAAAGAAGAUGCAUAAGGCUCUGGAGGAACUUAUGGCAUUUUUAGAAAAGAGAGAGUGUGAGUGGAUGUCUAAGAUAAGGACUUUCAGAAUUUGGCUACAAAGUUCAGUGAUGAUUUAAGUUACAGUUGGAAUACCUUUGCUGGAAUUUUCAAGCCUGCAGUUUCUAGAAAUUAGAUGAAAUUUAUAUGUGGACCAACAUGUUGAGAAAUCCUAUGCUUUUUCUCCCAUACUUGUGGUUUUGAAGUUAUUGACUGGAAGCGGCUGGUUAAGUGCGUCUGGGGGGAAUGGAUUUGCUGGAGGUGGUGGUGGAAGAAUUUCGAUUAAUGUUUUUAGUAGGCAUGAUGAUACAGAAUUCUUUAUUCAUGGAGGAAAAAGUUUUGGCUGUCCCGAUAACUCAGGUGCUGCAGGUACAUAUUAUGAUGCUGUUCCUCAGAGUCUAAUUGUUAGCAACCACAACUUGUCCACAAAUACUGACACACUUCUAAUGGAGUUCCCUAAACAACCACUUUGGACAAAUGUGCAUGUGCGAGAUCAUGCCAAGGCUUCUGUUCCUUUGCUUUGGAGCCGUGUUCAGGUUAGGGGACAAAUUCGCUUAUCGUGCGGUGCAGUGCUAAGCUUUGGUCUUGCUCAUUUUGUUUCGUCUGAGUUUGAAUUGAUGGCGGAAGAACUUUUGAUGAGUGAUUCAAUUCUCAAGAUAUAUGGGGCUCUUCGUAUGUCUGUCAAAAUGCACUUGAUGUGGAAUUCGAAAAUGCUUAUAGAUGGUGGUGCUGAUGCUAUUGUGGCAACAUCCUUGCUUGAGGCCAGCAAUUUGGUAGUUCUAAGGGAAUCUUCUGUAAUACAUUCUAAUGCAAAUUUGGGAGUUCAUGGACAAGGAUUUUUGAAUUUAUCUGGACCAGGGGAUACAAUUGAAGCACAGCGUCUGAUCCUCUCAUUAUUUUUUAGUAUUAAAGUUGGACCUGGGUCUAUUCUGCGAGGUCCCCUGGAAAAUGUCAGUGACAAUGAUAUGGCACCACGGCUUUACUGUGAAUUUCAAGAUUGCCCUAUUGAAUUGCUUCACCCACCUGAGGACUGCAACGUGAAUUCUUCCUUAUCCUUCACCCUUCAGAUAUGUCGUGUUGAAGAUAUUAUAAUUGAGGGCAUUGUAACAGGAUCUGUUGUACAUUUUCACUGGGUUAGAACUGUUGUCGUCCAUUCUUCUGGUGAAAUUACCACGUCAGCUUUGGGAUGCACUGGUGGGGUGGGUAGGGGAACAGUACUCAAUAAUGGUCUUGCUGGAGGUGGAGGGCAUGGUGGCAGAGGUGGGAAGGGAUAUUAUGAUGGCAGUUUUAUCGAAGGUGGUGUUUCUUACGGAGAUGCUGAGUUGCCUUGUGAACUUGGUAGUGGUAGUGGAAAUGAUAGUCUUGCUGGUGCAACUGCUGGUGGUGGAAUAAUAGUAAUGGGUUCACUGGAGCACUCACUCUCAAGUUUGUCUGUAUAUGGUUCCCUUAGAGCUGAUGGAGAAAGCUUUGGAGAAGUUAUCAGAAAGCAAGAUCAUAGUACCAUUUCAAACAUUGGUCCCGGUGGUGGGUCUGGUGGAACCAUCCUUUUAUUUGUUCAUUCAAUCAUGCUUGCUGCUUCUUCUGUUAUCUCAACUGCUGGAGGACAUGGCAGCCCAAGUGGUGCUGGUGGUGGAGGUGGUGGACGAGUUCACUUUCAUUGGUCAGAUAUCCCAACCGGGGAUGCGUACCAACCCAUAGCAAGUGUGAAAGGAAGCAUUAAUACCAGGGGAGGCUUUGGCAGAGGUCAGGGUCACACUGGAGAAAAUGGCACUAUCACCGGAAAGGCCUGUCCUAAAGGGCUUUAUGGUAUCUUUUGUGAGGAAUGCCCCCUUGGGACGUUUAAAAAUGUCAGUGGAUCUGAUAGAGUCCUUUGUCAUAGUUGCCCAGCUGAUGAGCUUCCAAGUCGAGCCAUAUAUGUUGAUAUUCGGGGUGGUGUCACUGAUCGCCCCUGCCCUUACAAGUGCAUAUCUGAAAGAUAUCAUAUGCCACACUGUUACACCGCACUUGAAGAGUUGGUAUAUACCUUUGGCGGGCCAUGGUUUUUUGGUCUUAUUCUUUUAGGCCUCCUCAUCCUUUUAGCACUAGUUCUUAGUGUUGCAAGGAUGAAAUAUGUUGGUGGAGAUGAAUUACCAGCUCUCAUGCCUGCUCAUCGUGGCUCUCAAAUAGAUCACUCAUUCCCUUUCCUAGAGUCAUUGAAUGAGGUUUUGGAGACAAAUAGAACUGAGGAAUCCCAGAGUCAUGUUCACAGAAUGUAUUUUAUGGGAUCAAAUACAUUUACUGAACCUUGGCAUCUUCCUCAUGUUCCGCCCACACAAUUAAUUGAAAUUGUGUAUGAGGAUGCCUUUGAGAGAUUUGUGGAUGAGAUUAAUGAUUUAGCUGCGUAUCAGUGGUGGGAAGGAUCAAUCUACAGCAUUCUUUCUAUUCUUGCAUAUCCACUUGCAUGGUCCUGGCUACAGCAAUGCCGGAAAAGGAAAUUGCAACAGCUACGUGAAUUUGUUCGAUCUGAAUAUGAUCAUUCUUGCCUUCGUUCUUGCCGUUCACGCGCAUUGUAUGAAGGACUUAAGGUUGCUGCAACUGCUGAUCUGAUGCUUGCGUAUGUGGACUUUUUCCUUGGUGGAGAUGAAAAGAUAGGUGACCUUCCUUUUCGUCUUUAUCAAAGAUUUCCAAUUUCUUUGGUUUUUGGAGGAGAUGGAAGUUACAUGGCUCCUUUUUCUCUUCAAAGUGAUAACAUUCUUACGAACUUAAUGAAUCAGUGUGUUCCACCAACCAUGUGGUAUCGACUAGUGGCUGGUUUAAAUUCUCAGUUGCGCCUUGUUCGCUAUGGACAUUUGAAACUAACUUUUGGCCAUGUUAUUAGCUGGCUUGAAACACAUGUAAACCCUACCAUAGUUGCAUAUGGUGUACGUGUUGAUCUUGCAUGGUUUCAGCCAACAUCUUCUGGUUAUUGUCAGUACGGACUUGUGGUAUCUGCCACCAGCAAUGAGAAUGUGCAGUACUGGACUGAAGGUCAAGAUAGAUAUUUUCCUUCUAUGGAGCAAUUAAGUUGGUCUGGUGCUAGUAGGGGAGACUCAGGUGGUCGUCCAGGAGCUAGUGAAUAUUUAAGGAUAUUUGGAGGGAUAUUGCAUGCAAAAAACUUACAAACACUUAAAAUGAGGAGGGCGAUUUGUUAUCCCUUUUCACUUAUAGUUUGCAAUACCAAGCCUGUUGGUCAUCAGGAUCUUGUCGGUUUGCUUGUCUCUAUAUUACUUUUGGGAGAUUUUAGCUUAGUUUUGCUUACUUUGCUACAGAUGUAUUCUAUAUCACUGUUAGACUUCGUUUUAGUUUUUUUCAUCCUUCCUUUUGCAAUAUUUCUUCCGUUCCCGGCUGGUAUCAGUGCCUUGUUCAGUCAUGGACGAAGACAAUCAGCUGGCCUUGCACGUGUAUAUGCACUAUGGAAUAUCACAUCGUUGAUCAAUGUUAUAACUGCCUUUGUGUGUGGAUUUCUACAUUACUGGAGCCAUUCAAGCAGGAAACAUAUGAGCAUUCAGUCAUGGAAUUUUAGCAUGGAUGAAAGUGAAUGGUGGAUGCUUCCUUCUGGAUUAGUUGUCUGUAAAAUAAUCCAAGCAAGACUUAUUGAUUUCCAUGUGGCUAACCAAGAAAUUCAAGAUCACUCUUUAUAUAGCACUGAUCCUGAUGUGUUCUGGCAAUCUUGAAGUAAAACCGUUCUUCCUUCUUUCUUUCCCUGAAUACUUGAAUCAUAAGUAAAACAGCAUUUAGGAAACCCAUUUUUCUUUCCCCAAUUUGGUGUGAUGGAUUUGAGUAGUGGAGGAAUUUAAGUAUGAGUGGCACUUGAAUUUUGUAAAUGAUAGAUACUUCUAUAUAUGAUUUAUUUUCAUAUAUAUGCACAUACACAACAUUGUAAGAAUCAAUGAACCGAACCGUUGUUUGAUACCCAAAUCAAUUAACGUGAUUAAGAUUUUUAUUUUAUUUUAA